AGAAAACGGGCGGCUUGAUCGGCUUUUAGGUAGCCCCGGAAAGGUCGAGAGGAGGAGGGGCAAAGGCCGCGCUCCUCAGCUGGGAAGGAGGUGGUCUCGAGCAGCCUCCAGUCCCGGACUCAACACCGCCAACCCGGCAAGGGUGAGGCAGCGUUCAGGGAUGCAAGGGGCAGAGCGGUAGCGGCACCUGUGCACCCCUCCCACCUCUGCCUCAGUUUACCACGUACGGCCUCAUUUCUCUCCGGGCUGCCCUGAGAGAAAAAUGUUCUCCAGCCGAGAUUUGCUUGAAUUGCAAAUUCAAGUGAUCCAUGGACACACCCUCCUUGACAGCCCCCAGGAGGCUGUGGGCUGGUUACAUCCCCCUAGUUAGAAAAGGAAAAGGAUUCCAGGAGAAGGGAAGGAUGCAGCUUUGUCUUUUCCCAGCUUUGGAGCAUCAAGAAACUGUUACUGGGCGAAGCUGGGGCCAGGGGGCCACUGGGUGCUCUGAGAGUGUAAAGACCAAACUCUGGUGGGACCUGGCUCCAUUGUGGAGCCUCAAAGGCUCCAACAUGGUGGAAGAAAUUGGCAGUGCCUUCUCUAGAUCUUUCUUUCCAUCCUUAGAAGAGUAUAAGCCCAAGCCGUGGAGUGAACAACCCCAAAGCUACCCUAAGCUGAACUCCUCUCUUUGGUCCUGCCACUACUGGUGAAACCACUGACCCUUUCUGGGCCUGUUUCCUUACCUGUCCUGAGGAGAUGCUGACCUUUGGCUCCAGAGAGACUGUGAGAACUCAGUGAGGGGGUCCUGCACUCCGAGGGUCCUGCACCCUGGGAGCCCUUAGGUCUGUUUGGAGAGAAAACAGUUCCUCCAGGCAAGAGGGGAGAAGUGUCCCCAGGAGGUUGGGGGAGGAGCACCUGCCUUCCUCCUUCUCAGGAAUCACAGGUCCUACCUCCCAGCCCCAUCCACCACUGCCAGUCAGCACCUGACGCACUGGGGGUGUCCUGGGCCACCCCGACUUCCUCUGUGAGCUCCAUGUGGGGCCUCAGUCUUUACCUCAGAUGGGAAACUGAGGCCCAGCAAGAGGCAGGGCCUGGUGCAGGGACUACAGUGAGUAGGGCUGGUUUACUAUUGCUCCUUGUACAGAGCCAUAUCAAGCCCCUUUUCCCGGCUUCCUCCCUCACCUCCCCCAUCUUAGCAGGGCCCCUGCCCCUUCCUCACCCCCUGGCUUCUACAUCUCCCUAAGGGCAUAGCCUAGUGGUGGUUUCUCCCCUGAGUAGGCCCAGCUAGCCUCUGUCCCAUCCCCUGUUAUUUGGGCCCUAACAGAAGCUACCCACAUUUGAACCAUCUCUGCCCCAUGCUCAAGACCUGAGGGUCUCACAUCCUCAAAAUGGGUCCCCAGAUUCCAGAUCCAAGGAUUUGGGGAUCACACUGUUCAUCAGCUGUCACUAAACUUAUUUUACUAUGAGCCAUCCCCCUGGGGUAGCUCCUUGGUCAGCUUGUGGGGGAGGGGGUCAUUUUCAGGAUGGAGGCCUCAUCUGUAGAUUUUGGGGAGUCAAAAGACUAGUGCAGCCCAGCCCUCACCCCAUUCCACAGGUGUGCACCCCCAGCUCCUUGGACUCUGGCCAGGACCAUUUCCUGCAGCCCCAGGCCAGCCCUGCAGCAUGAGCAGAGGGCGGCUUUGGGAAUGAGGCCCUGAGGGCUGGAAGGAGAAUGCCCAGCGCCUAGGGAACUUUGGGAGACCGCAGCUGGCUCCAGGGGCUGAGAGAGCCAGGGUCCUGCCCCCAGUUGCCCAAAACACCUCCCUCGUAGGUCUGUCCCUGGUCCUCCGGCUCUUGCUAGACACAAACUCCCCGUCGCCCUACCCCAGGACAAACCAGCAGAUAAACCCCUUUUAGGCGAAAAUUACACAAAAACGGCGGCGGCGGGGCCUCCUCUGCUCAGGCACUGCCGCGUUGGCGGCCGAAAAAAGAGGCUCCCAGAGAAUGGCAACCCCCUCCCUGUCGAGGACACCGAGGCCCAGAGAGGGGAAGCCUCCUCCCCAGUGGGGUGCAGUCUGGGAUUGCAGUCCCCACCCCAGGGGCGCAGCUGCCAGCCCGACGCCUGGGACAUCCCCCCUCCCGAGGCCUCUAGCCGCCGCCGCGAAAAUCCCGGAAACCGUCCUGCUCGCGGCGGGCGCAGUGGAAAAGCGCCUCCAAGGCGGGAUUGUGAAAUGGCUCCGCGUGCGAAGGGGUCCAGGAGCCGUUCGUUGUACAGAGGCGAAAGCUAAGUCUGGAAGGAACACUCGGGGCAGGCUCAGCAGCAGCAGCCAGCGGCAGGGGGAUCGUGCAUCGCUUGGAGGGCGCUGGGCUCUCCUCCAUCCGCCUCGGCCGUGGGCAGUUUGUUUCCGCUCCCACUUGCGGCGGUUCUGCAUCUUAAUUGGCAAAACGAAGUUGGGGCCGCGGUGGAGCGGAGGCUUCUUCCAGAACGGUCAGCUCACCUCCGGAUGCGGUCGUCCGAGCAGCCGCCUGCGGGGGGUCCCACGCCCUCUAACAGGUUGACGUCCAGCCCCUAGGGACCCAGGCGGCCCCGGGCCGCCCCACCUCGCGGCCUUCUGCUCCCCGCGCAGCCUUGCGCGCCCAGCCGCCCAGCACACGGUCUGUCCCUGGGAACGCGUCGCGAGCGCCGGGAAUGGAGCUCGUUUCAAACCUCUUUUCUUUUUUCUUUUCUUCUUCUUCUUUUUUUUUUUUUUUUUAAACCUUUGGUUCUGAUUGUCCUCGGCCCAGCAGGCUGUUGGUGGCGUUGGUGGUGCUGCUGGGACUGGGGCACCGGCCUUGGACGCAGGUGUGCUGUGCCCGACAGAGGCCGCCUGGACCUCGCCCGGAACGCCCCGUCCGGGUGGGCUGCGGCGUUCGCUCUGCUUUUGCCCCGAGCCGAGAUUGGCAACAUCUUUUCUAGCUUCAAAACAGAAAAUUUUGGAAUUAUAAAAUUACCCCCUCCCCACGCUUACAGGUCACUAUCUCCUGGAGACCACCAACUCGCUUUCUCUUUGGAGAAGCCAGUCUCUGUGACCCUUUCUUUCAUGAAAAUUUCGAACGC